UCCAAUAUACCCCGCUUUAGAUGACUCUUGUUACUUGAGACUUGGAUCGUACCCGAGCCCUAGUUGUCCUCCUUUGCCGAUAUGGAGGCGAAUCCAGCAGUCACGGCAGCGGUUGGGCCGCUGUCUACGAUGAAGAAGCUAUCGCCGCUCGCGUAUUUCUACGAACCCGACGAAGUUCGUCCCCGGGAGCCUGCCGCAUCGACCGCCCCGAAGCUCAUCAUCCUCGCGUCGUGGAUGGACGCGAGGGACGUACACAUUGCUAAAUACAUCGCCGAGUACCAGAGCAUCUAUCCCUCGUCCAUCAUUUUACUGGUGAAAUUCUCUUCGAGAGAAUCAGGCUUGGUGUCGUCGAAGAACGAAACCGUCCAGCCGGCCUUCGCGUAUAUCUGGUCGAAAAUCGACGCAGGGAUUCUGUCGACCACGCCCGCGCGGCCCGAAAUUCUCGUGCACAUAUUCUCGAACGGCGGCUGUUCUACCAUGCGGGCACUUUAUCUGCUAUUCCAGUCGCAAUCUAGCUACACGUUUCCGGUGCAUACGGCGGUUUAUGACUCAUGUCCCGGCCUUUUCUCGUUUUCCUCGCUGUAUAACGUGAUCAUGGUCAACUUUCCCAAAGGCCCAGCACAGAUAGUGGCGGCUCCCUUGGUCGCCGCCGCCGUUGUCUCGAUCUGGGUUUGGUUCGAUCUCUUGGGAUUCCUAGCCGGCGAAGACCCUCUGUCGCUGAAUUCGAGAGUCCAUAACGACCGAAGUGCGGUUUCCCAAACCAACCGUACGUAUAUCUACGGCACGGCGGAUGCUAUGGUCCACUCGGCGCACAUCGAGGCUCACGCCAAGGAGGCAGUCUCAAAAGGCUUCUUGGUGCGGGGAGAGGUCUUCGAAGAUAGUCCGCACGUAUCACACAUGAAAUCCGACAGCCAACGAUACUGGAACAUCGUCGUUGAGACCUGGAAAGCCGCACUCGGGUAAUACUAGCAGAGAUCCCUGCCAACUGGAUGUCUCUUUACGGCUUACACGGGCGUACC